AUGUUCACCUGGAAGUUCUCAAAGGCUCUCCUUGGUCUUUCUUUGGUUGGACUGAUCCAGGAAGCUUACGCGCAAACUGUCCCGUCGAAAGACUGUGCCUCCGGCGUCCAUGCCAUCAUUUCCAGGGGACAGGGUCCUGGUGACGAUUUGAGUGUGAUGAAGGCCUUGUCUGACAAAAUUAUCGACCAAAUUCCCGGAUCAACGACUCUUGGGUUCCCCUUUGACCAUGACCCCGAAGACAAGUUCAUGGCAGUCCACUCUGGGGCUCUGAUGUUGCAGCACUAUGUUGCGGAUUAUGUGAAAAGCUGCCCGAAAUCCAAACUGGCUCUUGUCGGAUAUUCUCUGGGUGCUGUGCUUACCAUGGAAGCGCUUUGCGGAACUAGCUCUCUUCUGUUGAUCCCAGUCCCGCCUCUUGACCCAUCAUACAACACGAGUGUUAUUGCGAAUAUUGUUUACGGCGAUGAAACAUUCGUUCCCUUCCAACCUUGGAAUACCGGAAAUUGCUCGGUUGGCCUUGGAAUCUUCCCGCGCCUAAAUCCUUCGACAUGUGAUCCGUUCGCAAGCUCAUUGCAUAGCUAUUGUGACUAUGGUGAUAACCAGUGUUGCGCACCACUCCCCGACGAUGACAAUCUCGCACAUCACACCUAUAUGAGGAAGUACGAUCAAGAUGUGGUUGAUUUCAUCAAACGCCGAUUAGACUCUUGA